UCCAUACAUACAAACUUUCGCGUUUAUAAUAUUAGUAGGAUAGUAGGAAGUAGGAAAGUUCGUAAGUUGAUUUUCUGAACUUGGCUUUUGUAUCGUAUUUGACAAAAGCGGGCUAGUCGCCAUUUUGUGAGGUCACUCGGCUAAAGGUUACAUUUGUAAGCUAUUGGUCCCCCGCGGGGCAAGGUUUUUGUGCCACUGGCUAAAUGACAUACCUCUUUGCCCUAAAUAUUUGUGGCACAAUUGUAGUACGGAGUGAGAGAUUGUGAAUUGAAUAUUCGAUUUUUAUCGCAGCUCGUAUGAAUAACAACCUAAUGUUUACUUAGGUAAAAUAAAAAUUUCGAAAACAGGUUUAAAAACUCUUUUAAACCUUCACUUUGAAAGAUUUUAAUGUUCCGGGCCCAAUGGGUAAACACAUAACGUAGCUAGCCAGUUAAAAUUCUCGCAGAUGAUGUUUUUCUUCUGCUGCAUUAUACUAACGAAUUCUUGAAAUAAAGAUCGGGAGAAAGAAACGGCAGUUACGGUUACAAAUUUGUUGGGUGCCAAAUAUUUUUUUGGGAAAAUUGUUUUUCUUUAACUUAUCUACAUAGAACUUUCAGUGAUGCGAAUGCGACUCCCAAUUGACCUGUUUAUUUUAAAUAAUGUAAUUGUCACAUAUCAAGGUUUUUUUGGAAUUAGCCACCUGUCUCAGUAAAUAGUUUAAAGUUAAAAUGGUGAAUUCAAAAUAUUCUAUUCAAAAUGUAAAUUAUCUUCCAAAAUUCAUCUCAGCUAACCCAUUUACGGUUUAGAUUUUCACGUCCAACUAAGCCUAAACGGAUUACUGUUUAGAUUUUCCAAUUAAGAUACCUUGCGUCUGUUUCCAAACACUACAUAACCGGAACGUUGCCCUGACAAGACUAAGGAGGUUCCUUUAUAUACCUAAGGCUAAACCAAGCUAUAUCUAGGACACCUAGAUCUUCAGUUAACUAAAUCAUUUAGCCUUGCGUGCCUCACCGGGGGGUUUCCUUACUAAGUUACGUCAGUUAUGGUCAAGCGUCUACAGUCGGUUCGGUUGGUUCCUAUUUAAAUCAACAGCGAAAUCUGCUGUAGACACCUCUGAAUAUGAUGUUGUUUAUACAAAGGUUGUUCUGAAAUUUGUUUGUUGAAAGUUUCGUAAUGAUUUGUUGAAUGUUUGUUGUUAUUUAAAGGUGGUUUCCUUUAUGGAGGUUUUAUAGAUUUGCAGGUUGGUUUCAUUCGAUUUGUUUUAAACGAAAAGAGUUGGACGAGGUUUGAAUUUUUUUUAAAUGUAUAUUGUUGCAACAAGUUAAUAAAAUUAUUAAUAAAAAUGAAUCGUUGUAAGAGAUAAAGAUACAGAAGGACAUAAGAGACAAGUAAUAGGUGACAUACUGCAGUGAGUCAGAGUAAUUAAAUCCGUUGAUUGAUUAAAAUUAGACGUUGAUUUAGACAAAAAUCUAAAACUACAGAUUUGUUGCAAUUUACCCUUUUAAUAGCGACGCUAAUUAUUCCAUUGCGUAAAGCUUAAAACAAAAACUUGUAUUGUACACGGGUGCGCAAUCUCGUGAGACUUAAAUAGGCAUUAAUUAACUCAUUGUCUCACUUUUAUCCCCCCAAUCAAAAACAACAGUUUUAUUAUAUGAUCGUGUCGCGAUCCGGAACUGUUAAUUAGUCAUGAAAUCACUUGAUAAGAUUUCGGUGAAUGGCGACUCAAUAUUAACUGGAUUUGAAUGCUAAUUUGUUAAUUACAAAGUCUAGAUUUUAAAAUAUAGUUUAUAGGUUGAAUGGUAACUAGUGUAGUUCAUUUGAAUAUUGUAUUUAAUUUACACCAUUUUUUUUAUUUAUUCGGCUGUAAGAUGCUUUUGGUAAAAGUAAGCAGAUUAUGAACGCCAAAAAAAAGGUCUCAAAUGAUAUAAUUUUAUCCAACUCCGAUCUCCGAAGGACGGCUGAAAGAAACCUCCGAAGGAAACCAAAAGACCGUAAAGCUAUUACAUAAACUGUUCCGAACUAGAUUAAACAAUAAAAGUUGACAACUUCACCGGUUCUCAGGUUCACGCAAUAAAAGGAACCGCAAGUAUCCUGGUGGGCGAACACCACCUUUUAGAGAAUAAUAUAAGUCUGUUGCAGUAGUGAAAACAAGAUAGCGCACUACAUAGCGUAGAGCGGCAUCUCUCUCCCACAUUCCCAAUUGCUUUACUUCAAGAGCUUAUGGUACCCCCAUGACGUACCAAUCGUAUAUUUCAGUCUGUAAUAUUCUUUUCGUAAACUGCUAUAAACUACGACACCGCCAUCUAUUGAGACGCACCUAAAUGACUUUUGGUGCCAAUGAGACAAUUGAGCCUUGAUUUAGGGAGCCUUCGAUAACCGACAGGAAACAAUAAUGAAAAGUUUCCGGUGGUAGACUAGAGAAAAAUAUCAGAGAAUUCAACCUUGUGUUCUUAAUAGUCUGUUGGUUUUAUUAUAAGGAAAAUUACAGUUAUUAUAAAAUAUGUUUGUUAACGGUAUUCAAUUCAAAUUUUCAUAUUCAUACUCAACGAUUUAACGUACAAUAGGGUCGUUUUAACACCAGCCCAUCGUGAAUUAGAUUUCUCCAAGGCCAAGGUCGUCUGUCAUUUCCGCAAUAUUUUUAAAUUGAUUUAUUGGAUAUAUUGGAGCGUUUCGCCAUAACUUUGUGUAAACAACAACAAAAUGAAGCAAAAAUAAUUAAAUUAUGAGUUAUCCUCCCAUAACUCCGGCAACCGUAAAAUUUUUAAUUACUCCUCAACAGAAACAAAAGUCCAUAAAUUGGUGGAGUGCCACUCGGAAACUUUUCUUUGCGGACACCCUAUAAUAAAAUUUCACAAGCGACUCGAAUUUAAUACGAUUGUGUUUUGAAUAAUUUAUCUGUAUUAUUCAUUACUCUGGAACCCUUUCGCGCGGCGAAUACGCGCGAACUUCUUCAAAAACUUUUAUUGUUUACACCGUUCUUUGGGAACUCGGCACAAUCGCUAUUCCAUCUCACUUUCACGUUUGCCGCAUCGUCUUCCAUCUCUUUCUGACAUGUGAUUGCUUAGUCGGAGGCUGUUUCCUUCCUGGCCUUUAUUGGAUUGAUAUCGGAUUGUUAUUUUUUUUUGUACUGUUUAGAAAAUUGGUGCCGGGCGUUAUUUUUUCAGGCGGUUUUUCGUAUCAGCCUGCGCGAGGAGGAUCGAAAUACUUUUUGUUGGAGCCGGGGUUAUGAUUGAGCGUUUCAACUCUGACUGAUCUCGUUUUUUCAAACGAAUGUUCUCAGCUAAUGAAGUUCAAUGAAAGGCACGACUUGGAAAAAAAUAAUAAAAUGAGAUGUUUAUUCACCUGAACAUUUCAGAGAACGUUUCGUUACGCGAUAUCUUGAAAUGUCUGUAAUCACAUAACAUAUGAUUUUAUAUCAAUACACGGAUGAGCCUAAAAAGUAAAAGUAAAAUAUAAUAAUAUCCUAAUGUAGAACGUUCUAACGAUACUGAGGAUACAAUUUAGGUCAUAGUUUUUCUCAUUACGAAGCUCAGCUACGCUUUUAUCUCGUAUGACAGAAGCUAUUGUAUGCAUGAUGCACAUUAUUUCACAGUCGCAAAACAGACUACCUGCAAAAACAAGUCAUAGCAUCAUUUGGUUUUAAUGUUGCAUUCUGCUUGCGGUUUUGUGUAUUCAAUUGCGGGAUUCGUUGAAGUAGAUUCACUGAAUUGAAAUUUAUUAUUAUUUAUUAAAUAUGACAUUCAUGGUUUGUGCUUGCAUUUUUGUUGGUAUUUUAGCAGUCUUUAGUUAAUUAUUUGUUACUCUCGUUGGAAAAACGAAAACAUAUUUCCAAGAGAUAUUUGCGCCGUGGAUAUUUUCGUAUAUUUUGUAGCCGGUUUUAAAAAAUAUGCAUGCAGCGGUAUCUUAAUGACGCAAAAAAAACCGGUUUCAGCAAAUGUGGUAUCUACACUGUUUUCUAUUAGAAUGAUAAAAAGCUUACUUCAUCUGUCGUUAAUACCUACUCCUAAAUCAAUAAGCUUUUUUUGGAAAAUACAAACGACUUUUCACACGACUCUCCGAUCAAAGUCUCGUUAUUUUCUUGGCAUACGUACAUAUUAUACGUAUGUAUGUGGAUUUGCAAGUUUAUUCUACUUAAAUCAAUCAUCAAAAUCAUAUUAUAUAUAAAUAUAGUGACUAUUCAUUUUACAAUUUCUGCGACUUUUACUACUCAAUUAUUGACUAGUUAACCGAUAUUUUGUUUUGUCUCAAUUCCGUGUUACUCCAUAAAGUUUGUAGGGGAAGUCAGAUCGUCAGUUGGUUAACGUAAGGUGGGCUGAACCCGGUACUAUGCGCGGUCGACCCGAAUGCGGCAUCCGGUACCUAUCUACGAAUCUACUUGAAGACUCAUAAAAUAAGGUAUUUUAUUACCAACUCGUAAAACACAAGAUAAUUAAUAGUGGUAUGCCAACAUUUUCUGCUAUCAAGAAAAUGUAGGCACCUAGCUGAACUGAAGGAAAUUCAAUUUUCUUGUAAUGAAUGACGUCUUUGGUAUUAAAAUAACUUCAAACAAUUAAACUAUAGACAGCUAAUUGGUUUCAGGGGACCCAUUAAAAUAUCAUAAUUUCAAUUCUAAUGAGAAUCCUUAAUAGCUGUUUCGAAGCUUACCAUAAUGGAUUUUGGUAUAAAAUCAGUUUAAUCAAACCUUUUAAUUACGCGCACAUCUUUUGCGUAUUAAAUUUUAUGAUUUAAUAUCUUCCUUAUUUACAUCGCGCCUAAGGAGGAAAUUAAAGUAACUCUGGUAACAUAUAAACUUGCUCAAUGAUUUUUUGUAGGAAAUCCCUCUCUUGUUCAAAUAUCUCACCCAUACAACCUUUUCGCAGGCCACCUCAAAACAACUCUCAUUUUAUACGUCAAAGUAUGUGUAUGUGAUAGGUAAUAUUUAUAAGUGGAUCCACCAGCACUUCAACUAGUACAAUAUUAUCAAAUAUUAAUAAUGAAUAAUUUUUAAUGGUAUUAAAUUAACCGAUUAUUAAUUUACAAAUGCGUCCCUUUAUUUUAAUGGUAUUUUACUUUAAUCAAAGGCCGAACCCAAACAGCCUGUUUAUGACACCCGAAAACUUAUUAUUUUUGGUGCGACACAAAAACCACUAUUAUUAACUUCAAAGUUUAAAAUCAUGAAUAAAAAUAAUUAUGCAACUUCAUAUAAUAUGGAAAGAGUACAGGUGACCUACCAACACCGCUUAAAAUACAAUCGUUGCAGACGUGCAAGGGAGACACCGCUCUACGUCAUGUAGUGCCCUGUCUCACUUUUACAAUUGCUGUUAUCUUACUUUAACAUAUUAUAGUAAGCCCCAAUGUUACUUCCUUAUAGAAAAUCAAGAGGCUUGAUUUGUUUGAGUGCAUCAAUAAAGAGUAGGUUAAUUUAUUGAUCAAUUUAUAAAACAUUUCCUGUCUGGCGGUUUCAAUAUUUACAGAGUCAAGUUGGGUUCACGUUAAAUUGAAUGUGAAAUAUUGAUUACUUAAAGUAACAAUUAUUAAUUUUGCCACUUAAAAAUAAAUGCUCACUUUAGAGUCUUAAGAGAUAGUGUAGACAUAGCGGUACGUGACGAAGAAGCGACAUUUCAAUUUAUUUAUAGAAGAGGAAUCUUAGAUCGCAGCAUCAAGCAAUUUGCAUAGGAAUUAAAAACUUGAUUUCAAAUAGCCUUAUCUAAAUACACGAGAUACGCUGAUGGAAAUAACAGUAUGUGGUGAACGAACGAGAGAUAACGCGUCAUUUGUGCAACAAGCUAGACGAGUACAGAAAAUAAACAUUUUUGAUUUAUCACCAAAAUCAAUUUUAAUGAUUUGACAUGACAACUGACCGGUCUGUGAGUGAAAUGAAUAUACUAUAUUGUCUCGAAUACGGUUUGGUUGAAAAUAAAGGAUAAGCAGAGUUCGCCGCGAUUGGUCAGUGAUUGGGUGAGAAUACUACGUAUCAGCUAUUUGAAAUAUUAUUAAACUAGAAUAAUGACAUGUAUAUGCAGUUAUAUGAAUAGUUUGCAGGUAACCUUUUGAAGUGCAAGUUUAUGAGCGCGCCAUUGACAAGCCGACCCCAACACAGUUGGGAAAAGGCUAGGCCGAUGAUGAUUGACAAAUGGUCAAAACGUCACAGAUUGCCUACUUUCUCUUUGUGGACGCUUACAUUCUCGUACUUAUCCCAAGAGGCAUCCUGAACUUGCGACAUCAUCAUAAGGAAAUAUUAUCUUCAUCAGCCAAGCGUUCUCCCAACGUUGUUGGCAGAAUAUUCCUAUGCCUAGCGUAUACGUAGGUAGGCUUAUAUUACUUAUCAAUUUUGAUUUCCGAGGACAGCUGUAGGUUUUCUGCAUUAUUUUGUAUCGUGGCAGUAAGCAGUGUUUGUGUCGACAAUCAUAAUUUAGUUAUAUUUUGCAUAGCUGAUGUGCACUAGGCGGCCUUGCGCCUUUUGCGGUUCUUUGACACGCGUCUCAAACGUUGAUGAGAUUGCUAUUGAAUUCAUGCCUAAGUAAUUGUAUUUUAAUGAGUAAUUACUGCGUAUUUAAUUGCUUUUAGCUAACUACAAAUGUUACUUGCCGACUCUUGGAAUAGAUUAGGAAAAAACCUGCAAUCGUGUUGUGAUAGUUUUGUUCGUAUUGUUUGGCAGUCAGGAGUUAAGAAUAGUUAUAAUUAUGUUAAAUUAUGUUUAAAAUUCUAAUAACAGAAUAUCUGUAUUUGGAUUUUGAAAAUGCUUGUAGAAUAAUUUUGAUUGAAAGCUAGUUGGUUUAUAAUUAUUUGUAAGUCUGUCAACGAAAAUAUAAACUACGUAAAGAAUACUUAACACAUAAAACAUUCAAGUUUGCUUUAAGUUCAUUCAUAAUCAAAUACGAUUUUAAAACGAAGUGAAAUUAUUUAAAAUAUUCUCUAUAAUAAAUAUGUUAAGUAUUCAUUCGCAGGUCAAUAAAAUAUUCAGAGCACGAUAUUCAUUGUUCUGUUUUCAAACUAGAAUUCCUCUAAGGUAUUAUGCGGACAGGCGACCCGACUGCAAAUAUUGAAAUCAUCUAACUACAAUAUUUAAAAUGACAUUAGUGGACAAUAUAAUACGAUUAAUAAUUAUUUAAACUCAGGAUACAUUCCAGCUGUCCAUUGAUACAUUUGUAACGGGAAAUAGAACAAUUGGUAUCUUGAGCUUGACAUAAAACUGUCGGUCUAUUAUAAUAAUUGUCGGUACGUUAGCCAUUGUAAUUGUGUGGUGUUAUAAUAUUUGGUGACGAUACUCUUUAUGACUCUUACAGAGGCAUUGGUGGUAUUAAACUGAAAGAAUGACGAAUGGAGAAUUAAUAAAACUUCCUUAUUGCAAUUUUAUAUCACAUUGAACAUUAGUAAAGUUAGGCAAUAUGUAAAAUAUCAUGUUCAAUUGCUUUUAUGGUCGCGCCAAUGUUUUUAUUUGAAUAAAAUAGAAUCCAAGUAAACAUUGUACUAAUGUACAAUACAUUCUAUUGUUUGAUCGUUGAAAACAAACAAAAACUUGAAUGUAUUAAACAACUUUUAUGAACACGUAACGCGCAUACAGUUUUAAUUAUUGAACUGCAUACAAAAAGCCACGCGAAUGUUGAAUCGGUUAUUAUUGUAUUAAACACAUUGGCGACACGUGAAAUACAAACGACGUUUGUAAUGAACAUCGAAAGUAAAUAUUGAAAGAAACGUCAAUAGAUAUGAUAUUACAAUGGAAAGAAUCAAGUUCAAUUACUUAGAGUAGAAUUGGUGUAAUAAUCUAUAUACUUAUUAAUAAUAUAAUAAUCUAUAUACUUUUUGCAAACAAAUCGUAUGUUAGAGGCAUAGACAGGAAUGUAGAUGAAGGAAUAUCGUGGAUUAAAAGACGUUGGUGGGAAAUAUUUCAUGUCGUUGAUAAUUGGUCAAAACUGACUGGCAAGGCUAGAGAAGAUUUGCAAAUCACCCAUGGCUUACCUCGUGAAGAAGAUAUUUAUCACUGUUCGAAGUACUUAGGGCAGCUGGUAUUAUGCACUCCUUCAGAACUCCAAACUAAAUCUAUGUUCACUAACUUUAAAUUUCCUUGGAUAUUGAAUCCAGAGUCCAGAUUCGGCUACGCAUGGCACAAAAUAUUUUACUUUACCCUUUGCCUUGUCCUUUAUACGUAUCCGAUCAAUUUGAUAAGACCGAGAAUUCCGGAAUGGUUUAUAUUUUUCUCGUUUUGGGUUGAUCUCGCAUACGCUUUUGAUUUAGGGGUAUCCCUCUGUACGGCUAUGAAAAAACGAGGUAAUGUAACAACUACCUUUUAUGUACUUUUGUUUGAACGUUUCAAGAGUUUUACUUUCAUAUUGGAUUUGAUGUCAACUAUUUGGAUUGAAGAUUUGGCAGAAAUCGUUGGAUUCUCACAGUAUUACUUUACUCUUCAAUUUAACAGACUCAUACGAAUUUACAGACUUUUUUAUGGAGUAUAUUUGAAAUGGGAAAUUAGUAAAGACCCAGGCUUAGAUAUCAUGCGAAAUCUUAUUUUGACUAAUAUUGCCGUUGUGGUGAUAAUGGGCCAUGUCGUUUAUGAACUUCAUUCCCAUUUACCAAGUCUAUCAUUGCAUUAUUUUUUUGGAGACCAAUUGUGUGAAAAGUUUCCUAAUGUAACUUGCGAUGAAGUGUCACCAUUUACGGGUGUAACAGUAUUAUGGUAUUUUGAGCAGAUAUACAAUGAAUAUGAACCAACAAAUUUGACAGAUGUUUAUGCGGGAACAGUUGUCGCUUACAUUGGUUUUUGUUUUGCCACAUUUCUGCGAUGCAAAUAUAUCUCAUAUUUGUUUUUGAGACACAAGCAUAUUACAAAAUAUCAACAGUUUGUUACGGCUUUUGUCGAUUUUUACAAAUGUUACAGAAUUAAUCGUGACUUAUUAAAGAGAAUUAAUAGGUAUCUCAUAUGCCAUUGGAAGUAUCACAAGGGUGUAGAAAUUAUAUAUCAAAAUUCAUUAAGAAAUGAACCCAUUGAAGUCUACUAUAAAGCUCAGGUUGAGGUGGCUCAAAAGAUUAUUGGCCAAUGCAGGUCGUUUCAACACGCUAAUCCUCUACUAAUAAGAGAAUUGGCUUACAAAGCCAAAUUUUUGAUACUUCCAAGAAAUGCGAUUAUAUACAGUUUUGGAAAUCAAUGUAAAAAUGUUACUUGGAUUGUUGAGGUAAUAUUCAGUAGUAGUAACCUAAUUUUAGGUAUAAAGCGCUAUUCCGAGAAAGUUAUGAAACAGUAAUAUCUAAUAUAUAUUAUUCUCUCUCCGUUUAAAAUAUCCAAAAACAUUGUAAAUUCUUCGACUUAAAAAUAAUAAUUCUGCCAGUUAUUAUUUAUACACAUAACCUAAUCUGUCGCGCGCCGCAUUUCGUCUAUCACUGGUUUACUUGUCUUGUGACGUAGUUAUUUUUUUUCAACAACAUGCUUUAAUGUCCUCUAUUCUAAUUUUUGAAAAAUCUAGUUACGCAGUCAAAUACAUUUCUAAAAAAAGUUAACCAGUCGUCCAAUAGUUUAAAAUUCACUUGAUGGACUUAUUUUAUUUUUUUAGACUACACCUUAUAUGAAACCGAAAUUUUGCUCCGGGUACAGAGAACACUCUCCAAAACGUUAGAAUACUCUAAAAUUUUGUUUGUGGGCUCUAGUGCCGUUCACACCAAGCCAGUCAUAAGAAUCUAUGCUGCUUAAACUAAUAGAAUUUGACCGAAAAGGGAUAGAAUGUGCAUUCGUGCAAUAAGCCCGCUCGGAUUUUUUGACGCAUUGCUCGGGGUAGCGCUUUAAGUUCACAAAUGUAUUUGAGUUAAUUGUCUAAAAUAUUGUCCCGAUGCCAGCGGUACUAUAUCGUUACAGGGUUACGUAAAAGUGGAACAAUACAAUGACAAUGGUGAGUUAGUACCAUCAUAUAUGACCGGUGGUCUGAUGAUGUCUGUAUGUGCUGUUUUUUUCUCUAAGCCAUCAUUACAAGCUUAUACUGCAUACACGGAAUGUGAGGUCCUGUAUAUACCGGUUAACGAUUUUAUUGAAGUUUAUAAACGAUUUAAAUUUGAGUAUUCAUUCUUAAUCACAUGUAAAACUGAGUAUGGCCCGGAGUUUGAUACCAUGUUCAGGAAUAACGUGCUGAAGCAUAAAGAUUAUCAAUCAGCGAUGAGGAGCAGAAUCCAGAGCACAAGAAUGUCAAUGAUGACAACUUCAAAAGUACUUGUUGGCUUUGAGGAAAAUCGUUCGCUACCAUUCGAGGGUAUUUUUUGGGGUGAGCCAGAAACAAGAUUUUUGAGAGCCUGGCUUGUGUUCAGAACUGUCAUUGUAGGAUUGUCUAUAAUGUCGGCGUCAUGUCUCGGUGGGAUUGGAGCUGUUUUUAGAUGGACAUUUGCGAAGAUUAGCGCCUUUUGUGAUUGCAUCGCCUGGAUCGAUAUUAUUAUCAAAUUAUUCCUUUAUUAUUACGACCAUAGAGGAAUAUUGAUAACUUCAAAGAGGAAGUGCUUCUUUAACUAUAUUUCAAAAGGCUUCAUAUUAGACAUAAUUGGUGUCGUUCCAGUGUACCAAAUUAUACAACUCUUUAUGACGCAAACAAUAUCCAUUGAUAACUGUUUGCUGAUGAACACAAUUUGCAGAUUUGCUCAUAUAUAUAUAUUGUUUGCAUGUUUUGAAUAUGUCGGUGAUCUUCCGACUGUCAAUAUUGCAUACAUAAUGAUUUUAAAGUGGCAAAUAGUGAACAUAUUGAUUGUCUUCGGAGCCAGUCAUUACUUGAUGGUAAACUGUGUAAACUUCGUAUUUGAUGAAGACAUGGAAUUAAUUGACAUUCAGAGGCGCAAUGAUUGCUGGAUGCCUAAAUAUUUACACCAGCCCACGAAACUAAAUCCGUCCCAGUUGCAUUUGAUCUUUGCUGAGAGCCUCAGCCUAGCUGAGAGUGGAAUGAUGAAAAUGAACUUUGGUAGAUUCAUAAUUAACAGGGAGAAUCUAGGAGUCGGUAUGCUGCUGAUAGGAAUUGGUCUCAUUAUUUGGUUCAUUUCAUGUUUCUCUGUCACCCUUCUGGUAUUGAGUUAUCAAGGAGAUGUGGCUUACCGACAAGACGUUUACCAUCUGGAAACAUUUCUAACCUCAGAGCGAGUAGAGAAGAAACUAAUCCAAAGGGUAAUUGCCCACCUCAGAUAUUAUUGGUUAAGAACUAAAGGCUCCAAUGUACAAGAGAUGAUGACAGACCGCGUUGGUAUCUUAUUUCGACAGGAUAUCAAUUAUUCUUUCUAUCAUAAGACUUUCAUUAUCUUGGAUACUAUAUUGGGCGGUGGAGAAAUGAUGCAGAGGAAUUUGGCCGGUGCAGCAAUUCAGGGUUUCUUCCUACCUGAUUACGACAUAUUCAGAGAAAUGGACUUAGUGAGCAAUGUAUGCAUAGUGCAUCGUGGGAGAGUUCAUAUUUGGCAACAAGGAAAAAGGCUCAUUGUUCUUAGUAAGGGCGAUAUAUUUGGACAACUGCAAGGUACGAAAUUACGACCUAUCCGUGUAACGGCGACUUCUGCCGAAAUGGUUGAUCUGCUAUAUAUUGACGUCCAAAUGUUCCAGAGCAUUAUCACUGAUAAGAUUAGAGAAACCAUCGCAAAAAACCCACAGCAUAAAAAGGAUUUUCUUGCAACGGCAAAAUUAUACAUUGAGAAUCCAUAUGAUACUGUCCAGUACCUGAUACGAGGAUGUAAAACUAUUAAGCUUCCAUGGAGCAAAGGGCCAUGUGAAAAUCGUAACCGGACGUGGUAUUCCCGUUGGCUGUUCCUGACCUGGUUUAUUGGUCCUUGCGCGUCCAGUAUCAUCGUGUUGAAUUUCACAUUACUUCCAGAAUGGUCUAUAUUAUGGUUUAGAUUCUAUAUUGUCCUGUAUGUUUUGGACAUUAUUCAUCUGGCUCAGAUGGUAUCAGAGUUUUUGACGAUUGAGUUGGUUGUGGAGAAUAAAAAGUUGAAAUAUAAACAUAUUGGCUUGCAACAAUUCAAGAGUACAGGAUUUUAUAUCGACUUCCUUACAAUUUUGUUACCAUUGAUGACCUUCAUAGAUAACGACUGGAGAUUUCAAUUGGCAAGAUUGCUAAGACUUCGACAUUUGAUUGAUUUUCGACAUCAUUUCUGUAUGAAAUUUAGGAACAGUGUUGUGUACGCAGUUUUCAAGUUGACUAUAGUGGUACUGUUAAUGCACUUUUUCACUUGUGGAUGGAUUAUUGUUGCCUGCAGACAUGACACGUUUCCUAUUGAAAACAUAAAUAAAACAAUAAUGGAAUCAAGUAAAUCGAUCGAAGAAGCAGAGUGGUUUCACACGGGUUCUAGGAAAGGCGGUGAGACAGUUAUUUUUUUCGAAUUUCUCAACGGGCGUAGACAAUUUUUUUUUGCCUUAAAAAGGGACGCAGUAAGAUUGCAGGUUGUGCGCGAGUUACAAAAGAUAUGCCAAAUUCUAGAGGUGAACUUGUACCUGGUUUCGUGGUUCCAAAGUAUUGGCCAUAUGAUUAUUUGGUGGCUUUGACGUAUAUUAUUUUGAUCCAUACUCAUACGGAUGUUGACGUAGUUAUGGCUGUUACAAUAGAAGAAGUUUACUACAAAUGUGCGGUUACCUACUGUUUACACCUUCUAGAUUUAUGGAUAUUGGCUGCAGC